AUGCCACGAAAGCAUGUAAUUGUGAGAAAAAUCCUGGAAAACGUUCCCCCCAAUCACUUUUUGCCGAGACCUUAUCACCUGGACUUACUAGAUUCUGUGGCAGAACGAAAUACAAUUGUUUGCAAAGACGAGAACAUCACUGUUCAGUUUAUGGCCCAGACGAUCUACAAGGACUUCACCUAUUGCAACUAUGGAAAGUGUAUGCUGGUGGUGCUUGAUGAUGGUUGCGUUGAUGAGGCCGCGAAAUCCUUUCACCGCGCAACCGGCGUCCCCACCACCGCGAUCUCCGAUCUUCAGUCGAAUCCACUCGACUUGACUGAAAUCCCAGGCGUGCUUUUCUUGACCUCCAGGGCUGCUGUUGAACUCUGCUGCCAAGUUCCUUCUUCGACCAAGUUAUCGAUCCUUAACCGCGUAUUUCUGCUCAUUUUGGACGAGUGUCAUCGGGUCCUUGAGCCUGGUCACCCAUACGAGAGGUUGUUCGGACCGCAGGGCCUCAACUUUGGCACCCCCGGCGCUCUCACCGACGCGGACAUUGACGCUAUUUGGAAUCGCGACGCGAGCCACUACGCGCAAUUCCAUCUUGGCAGGCCCACCGAUACGGGCUUCCGCAUUCUCUGCCUGACCUCCUCGAUCCUCUCAUCAAGCUGCACUGAUCACCUAUUGGCGAAGCGAACCAUCUGCACCUUGGAAGACCGUCUGAAUUGUCGUCUGGAGACUGCCUCCGAGCUCAUAAACCUCCUGUCCUUGGGAGCGCAGCCUCUCGAGUCGGAGAUCGCCUGUCUGAGCAGCGACGACCCCGCCGCCUGCGAUCAGCAGCACCCCAUCCGCCAGACGGUUCUGCGUCUGCUCGCCGAGGCGCACAGCUUCCUCAGCGACUUGAAGGUGGUGGGGGUGGUGGGCGAGGGGGGCACGGACGACAGCGUCCUCACCUCGGGGCGGCGACUCAUCAACGUGCCCUUCUACUGUUUGCGCGCGGUCGCCCAGUGCGAGGCCAUAACCCGUGACCUGGGCGUCUACUGCGGCUGUCUCAUCGCCCGUGUCUUCCUCCGCCACCUCUACCGCCUCGAGCGGGCCCGGGCGGCGGCUUUGGAGGCCCGAGCGGCGGAAAACGACCUGAAGUUUGACCAGCAACAGGAACACGCCGACGACCUCCUCACCCGACUCUUGCGCUACACGGCCACGCAACUGGCCGUUGUGGUGCGCAUAUUCCAGACCGCGUCCGACUCAUGCAUGACAUGCGAGGAAAUGCGUUCUCUGGCGUCACCUCGGGUGCUGCAACUGAUCGACCACCUUAAAACCCUCAAACCCACCGCCUCCUAUCGCAUUGAAGCCGUAGUGCGGGGUGACGAAGGCACUCGGAAUCGUACGGGCUCCGAUGAUGAUGAGGCUGAUGAUCGUGGAAGUCCCCAGCGUGGAAGGCGAUGCCUCCGGAACCGCAGCCGAUCAGCCGCGUCGUCUACGGGCUUUGUGGCUCCACAUGGAUUUGACACCUCAGAGGAUGAGGAGGAGGAGGUGGCUUUUGAGGGCGAGGACGUCGAUGACACUGACAGCGACUCUUCUCUUGGGUCCUCCUCGGGCCGAUGUUCGAAUAGCGCUGAAAGCGACGGCGAUGCUACUGAUGUGUCGAUGGGUCUCUGCUCCAGCGCGAGGCGCAGAAAACCUCGGAAGAAGCACGGACGCCGCAGCGAGUGCUCCUCAGUGAUGUCGCGCGACUCAGCCUCCUCCGACUCGGCCUUGUCCGUGCACACGGGCGCCGGCCGAGUGGUCUACCGAGUGCUACCGACGCCCAACCCCACCGGCGCUCCGAGCGUCCCCCCGCUCUGCGGCCUGGUGCUUGUCGGCGGGUGCCAGUUCUCCGCGUACGCGUUGCCGCGCUUCAUCGAGGAGUUCUGCAACUGGGACCCGGAGCUGGCGUUUGUGCGUCCCGGCUACUUCUUCGUUCCGGGAUCCUCGGACCGCUUCAAGUCGUCGGUGCCGUUGACCGGUGGCAUCACCACGAGCCAGGAGCAGACGGUAGCCAACUUCCGGUGCGGCGGCGAGGUGAACCUCCUCGUGACGACGCACUCGGGUCUGGCGGCGGUGGCGAGCCUCCCGCGGUGCAACUUCGUCGCUACCUUCCACCCCCUGACGUCGCUGGCCUCCUACCUCGUGGCCAAGUCGCGUCUGCGUCUUGUCGUGCUGAAGACCGCCAAGGCGCGCUUCGUGCACUUCACCGAUCCCCAAACCGACGCCGACCCGCCGCUGCGCACACAGUUCCACGAGGUGGAGCGGAUGCUGAUUCAACGAUGCCGCAACUUCCAGCUGGCUCUCGGCGAACACGACGUGGAUCCCGAUUUCCUGGACUCGCACUUCUCCUUCCUUCCAAACGUGGGUCUCCUGAAUAAGAGCGCAAGCAAAGCCAUCGACGUGGUGAACCACUACUGCGCGCGGUUGCCGUGCAACUCCAUGACACGUCUGGCGCCGCGUUGGCGCCUCAUCGAACGCGCGGGUUCCCUCAGUGCGUUCCCCGACCCCUCCCACGCUUGCCCCUCCACCACCAUCUACCAGUGCGUCAUUCAGCUGCCAAUCAACUCGCCCGUCAGGAAGGUUGUUCGGGGUGACUGGCUGGCGUGCAAGAAGUUGGCCAAGUUCUCAGCGGCGAUUCGUGUCGGCCAGUUGCUGUUUGCGUGUGGCGAGGUGGAUAGUCGCGGUAGGCCCAUUUUGAAGAAUGCCCAGCCCUCGACUAAGUGCCCACCGCUGAGCCGUUCCGCCUCUCGCGGCCGUUCCCCGCCCCGACAAAAACAGAGCUACUUAAUUGAUGUGCCAGGUCAGCUCUCCAAGUGCUUGCCCGUAGUUGACGCAACUGGAAGCAGCAAUUACCUCUACUUUAUCGAUCUGUGUCACCUGGAUACACCGCUGGGUCGCCUUCAAUGGGAACAGAACAGACAAGCGGGCACAUCGUAUAUCGAUUUCUACCCGGAAAACGAGAACCUCGGGUUCGGCUUGCUCUCGGCCAAAUCACUUCCCUGUAUCCCCGAAUUCUCCAUCUUCACACGUUCUGGCGAGGAGACGGUGAAUAUCAUCGAUUUCUGGUCGCCAACCGGUAGUUCAAGCACGGCACUGCGUUUCGAAAAGGACUGUCUCGUUAAAUUCGACCUCCCCAACGCCUACUCGCAGAUCCUCAUCGUGCCUGUGCUCAAAGACGUCGCAGACAUCGACUGGGACCUGGUGAACACGGUUGUGGCCUCCUACGUGCCCAGUGUGGGUGACUGUCGCCUGCCCGUGCGAACGCGGCUCGCACUUCCUGCCCUGCCGAAGACGCCGAUGCCCCUGGCAGAACUCCUCUCCCACACCACCCAGUCGCCCAAGCCAAAACCCGUCUUCCACUUUCUCUUCGAGGACUUUGUCAACGCCGUCGUCACGCCGACGUAUCGCAACGUCGAACAGCCACCGCGAUAUUACGUGGUGCGCAUCUCAGACGACCGGAGUCCCAUGACGGAGUUUCCCUCGAAGCAGUACGCCAACUUCGCUGACUACUACGCCUGCAAGUACGCCAUGCACCUCACGAGCACGGACCAGCCCCUGCUCGACGCCGGCUACACGCCGCUUCGCCUCGGGCUGGUGGUUCCGCGCUCCUACAAGAAGCACCUCGCGAAGAAGCCGGCCAAGCCAGCCCCCGCGGCGGCUGACGACUCCGGGGAGCAGCAGCUGCGCCAGCAUCAGCGCCACAAGCAGCUCCUCAUUCCUGAACUCUGCCAUCGUCACCCCUUGCCUGCCACGGUCUGGCAGAAGGCCAUCUGUCUGCCUAGCGUGCUCUACCGACUGCACCACCUCCUGCUGGCGGAUGAUCUGCGCAACGAGAUCGCCCGGUCCACGGGUCUGGGUGCUCAGACGCCGCCGGCGGCGGCCGCCACCACCUCGGACAGACCCUUCGCGGCGCUGCGGUGUCCCUACAUCCCGUCGGCGCACCCGCCACCCCUCCCCGCCGUGCCCGAGUCGCCGCCAACCACGUCCGACCCCGACGUGGUGCGUCUCACCUUGUCCACCUCCAAAGAAGUUCCCAGUGCGGUGGUUGGUGCCUCCACCUCGGUGCUGGAGAAGCUGCUCGAGGAAUCCAUCCCCGUCGAGCCAGACGUCGACGAGGCCGAGGAGAGCGAGGAGGACGCAGCUAGUGUGGACAGUUUCGAAGACCGCGCCAACGGUGUGCGGUUCUUCCCUCCUGAAGAUGACGACAUCGGCGACUGUUCCGAGGAUCCGCUAGCCUUCCGUCCCAGCCCCACAAUGAUUCUGCAGUCCCUAACGAUGCUCUGCGCCGCCGACUUCAUCAACCUCGAGCGCCUCGAGACGAUUGGCGACAGCUUUCUGAAAUUCGCCGUCACCACCCACCUCUACCUCAGCCAUCCUGACGCCCACGAGGGCUACCUCAGUGCUCUCAGGAGUUUCAUCGUUGGCAACACGAACCUCUACCGUCUGGGGUGUCUGAGGCGACUGCCUGGUCGGAUUGUGGGCGUGGCGUUCGAGCCCCACGAGAACUGGGUGCCUCCCGGCUACGUCUGUGUUGGCGAUCUGCCCAGCGCGAAUCGCGACGGCGACUGUGUGGCCUCCAAUUCACGCGCCGGCCAGUGCUGUGCAAUGACGCACCAAUUUCUGGCCAACAAGGCGAUAGCGGACUGCGUGGAGGCUGUUGUCGGCUGUUACCUCACCGAGCGAGGCGAACGGUCCGCGUUGAAGGUGCUUCAGUGGUUUGGGGUUGAGUGUCUCCCCCCUGAGGGCGAAAUGCGCACCACCGGUUCACCGUGGUCCCCUCCAGAGGAACACCUGAGCGCCGACGACGAGAGUGUCGUUCUGAGUCUCUACCACGCCGGUCGGUUCCCCCAGCUGGAGGAAAUUAUCGGCUACAAGUUCAGGAGUCGCCGACUGCUGCUUGAGGCCUUCACGCACUCCACGUGCCGCGACCUCCACGUCUGUCCGUCGGCAGGCGACGGCGACGUUGCGGAGGGCGGGGUGGGCGCGGGCUACGAGCGUCUGGAGUUCCUGGGGGACGCGGUGUUGGACUACGUGGUGACGCGCUUUCUCUACGCCGACGAGGAGGCCAACCACACGCCCGGCGUGCUCACCGACCUGCGGUCGGCCCUCGUGAACAACAACAUCUUCGGGGCGCUGGCGGUGCGCUGGCGACUCCACACCUUCCUGCGCGCCGCCUCGCCGAGCCUCACGCACAUCGUCGACACCUACGUGUGGUUCCAGCAGGAGAUGGCUCACGAUGACCUCGACAUUCUCGUCAACCUGAACGCCCACGACGACGGUGACGAGGCGAAGACGUCGGCCGCUCAGAGGACCAGCGAGGAGCUGGAGGUGCCGAAGGCUCUGGGCGACAUCUUCGAGUCCCUUGCCGGUGCCGUCUUUAUCGAUUCCGGGCUCUGUCUUAACACCGUCUGGCGGGUCUUCUACCCUCUGAUGCGGGAGAGGAUAGAACGCUAUUCUUCGUGCGUUGCGAAAUCCCCAGUACGGCGUCUCCUGGAAUUGUGUCCGGAUCUGAUCAAAUUCGAACGACCCCGAACCGCACCGGACGGACGUCUGCGCGUGGGUGUGCGGGUUGUCGGGAAGGGACGCUUCGUCGGCAUUGGCCGCACCUACCGUCUGGCCAAGUCGGCGGCCGCCGACCUCGCCUACCGUCGCAUUGUCGGGGACACUGUCGGCGGUGUCUCCCCCGCCCGCGAAAACUCCACCCCCUAA